CUCUCUCUCUCUCUCUCUCUCUCUCUCUCUUUUCCAUUCUCUAGUUCCCCCUAUUAGCUUUUGCUUAGCUUGUAUUCACCAAACAUUUUUUUUCCCUUUCUCAUACCAAACUUCUCUUUUUUCUUUCCAUUAUUAACGCAAUCAAUUUGAACUCACAAUUCACCUAUUCCACCCAACCAUCACUUCACCUCCUCUGCUUUCAUACACUUUCUCUUUAUCUAUGCUCAUUUCACUUAGAUUGUAAGAAUCCCAAGUUUUCUGAAGCUUUUUGGAGCCUAUUUACUAAUUCUUUUGUUGGGUUUUUAUUGUUAUCUCCAAUUUUAGGCUAAUACAAUUGAUUAUGGAGGGUGAGUUCUUUCUGAAUGCAGGAAUCCCUCCACCGCCAUUGGACUUUGAGCCAACCUCAGCCUCAACUUGGCACUCACUCUCUUCUGCCAUGGAAAUGCAAGCUAAUGAACUUAAUUGCUCAGCUGGGCAGUCAACUGAUUGCUUCUCCACUCCUAAUUGGGAAAAGUCAACGGAUCAAGGCCUCAACUUUGACUCUGCCCUGAGUUCAAUGGUGUCCUCGCCGGCGGCCUCCAAUUCUAACAUAUCCAGCGAGAGCUUUAUGAUUAGGGAACUCAUAGGAAAAUUAGGAAAUAUUGGCAGCGGCACCACCAACAACAACAACUCGCCUAUGUUGGCAGGUUCAUAUAUUACCCCUGGAAAUAACAGCACCAACACUUCCCGUUAUGGUACUCCUUUGAAUUCACCCCCCAAGCUGAAUUUGCCUCCAUUGGAUCAAUUUCCCAAGGAAAUUUUGAAUUUUCCCAGUUUGGGGAAACCGAUGGCUUUGAAUUCUAGUGUGGCAGAAUUCACGGCUGAUCCCGGAUUCGCCGAGAGAGCUGCAAGGUUUUCUUGCUUUGGCACAAGGAGUUUCAAUGGUAGAAGCAGCCAGUUUGGGCUAAAUAAUGCAGAAUUUGCUUAUAAAUGCAAUCCAUUAAUGGGAAAUGGCAAGUUGCCUCGUGUUUCCAGUAGUCCUUCUUUCAAGGUAAUUGGAUCUCAAAAAGGGAACAAGAGUUCUCCAUUGCAGGAUCGAUAUGAAUUGGCCAAUUCUUCUCAGGAGUCCUCCGUAUCUGAACAAACCCCAAAUGGGGAAACUGCUUUGAAGGUCUCCAGCGAGCUGAAUUCCAAGAAAAGAAAAGCAGUUUCCAAGGGAAAAGCAAAAGAAUCGCGGCCAGCAUCAACCCCACCAGCCAAUUCAGCUAAGGAUGCAGAAAUUGAUGACAAUUCAAACACAAAGCGAACCAAGCGAAAUGAAGGUAAUGGAAAUGAAAAGAGUGCUGUUAAAGCAGAGGAAGAUCAGAAGGGAAGUGGGGAUGAGAAACAAACCAAGAAUAACAACUCAAAGCCUCCAGAGCCCCCUAAGGACUACAUUCAUGUUAGAGCAAGAAGGGGUCAAGCUACUGACAGUCACAGCCUGGCUGAAAGAGUUCGAAGAGAGAAAAUUAGUGAAAGAAUGAAGCUCCUCCAAGAUCUUGUACCGAGUUGCAGUAAGGUAACUGGCAAGGCCCUUAUGCUUGAUGAAAUUAUAAACUAUGUGCAGUCAUUGCAACGCCAAGUGGAGUUUCUCUCCAUGAAGUUGGCUUCUGUGAAUACCAGGCUGGAUUUCAACAUGGAUACUCUCAAUUCAAAAGAUAUAUUUCAAUCAACCCACCAAUUGCCACAUCCAAUAUUCCCAUUAGAUUCCUCGGCGUCAGCCAUUUUUGGCCACCAACCCCAGCAAAAUCCAGCACUGCAUCGCAACAUUUCUAAUGGGACAGUGACCCAAUGCUCCUCUGUGGACCCAUUAGAUACAGGACUAUGCCAAAGCCUCAAUAUGCAGUUAGCCCCACUUGAAGGAUUUAACCAUAAUGGCCCUCAGUAUCCAACAUUCUGUGAGGAUGAUCUCCAAACCAUUGUUCAGAUGGGUUUUAGCCAGAAUCUUAACCAGGAAACAACAUUGCAGGCACGCAACUUUACUGAUUCAAAUCAAGUCUCCCACAUGAAAACAGAGCUCUAAUUACCAUUCUUUGCUCCCAGAUUGAAGGUCCAGACUCCAGAUAAAGAGAAAAAUGCUGCUGUACAUACAAGAAAUAUAAUUUGAACCAGAAAAAAAAAAAAAACUACUAAAGUCAUUUAUCAUUAGGUUAAUGAAGAGGAUAAUUUUUUCCCUUGAUCCCACAUUUUUGUCAAGGAUUUUAUUCUUUUUUUUUUUCUUUUCUUUUCUUGUGGAAUUUUCUUGCAAUUAUCCACUGUAAAAUCCUAGAAAGUGCCAAGCAUUGUUGCACCACAUGUAAGAUAUAAUGCUAAUUAAAUGAAGAAAUAUUUUUUAUUUAGAGUCA